AUGCCGUUCCUGAGCCCCCUUGCCGGCGACGACGCCGACGAGUACUACUAUGGCUACGACGCCGGGUACCGCCGUGGCAGCGGCAGCGGCGGCGGCACCGGAAAGAGCGCCAAGAAGGACAAGGGCAUCUUCUCCUGCCUCCCCUGCUUCACCCCCAUCUCGCCCGGAGCGAUUGACCCGGCGGCGCAGGCGUACCGCCGCCUCCUCUCCUCCGACUCCAGCGACAGCGACAACGUCGGCGUCGUCGACCUCACCGCCGACCUCGCCCGCCUCCGCCUGCGCUACUCCCGCCUCGCCGCCGGCCCGCCCGUCCGCCCGCGCGACGUCCCCGCCCUCAUCGCCCGCCCGGACGACCCGCCGCUCGCCGUCGCCGCGCUCUCCUGGCUCGGCGGCGACCUCCGCCCCUCCUGCAUCCUCCGCACCCUCCUCCCGGCGCUCUUCCCCUCCCUCCCCUCCCACGCCCGCGACGCGCUCUCCGCCGCCGCGCGCCGCCUCCAGGCCCGCGAGGCCGCGCUCGACGGCGAGGUGGCCGAGUACCAGGCCACGUACGCCAUGAAGCUCGCGUGCGAGAGCACCAAGGAGGGCUUCGCCGACACGGCCGCCGAGGAGGUCUGCAAGAUGGCGCGCGCCGCGCGCCGGGCCGACAAGCUGCGCUGGCGCGCCGUCGAGGCCGCCGUCAAGGAGGUGCUCGCGCCGCCGCAGGCCAAGGAGUUCCUCAAGGCCGUCGAGGACGUCGCCGCCAAGGUCGGCAGGCACGGAACCAGGUGGCACGCGCGCGCUGGGCCCCUCUCGGUGCCCGCCGAGGCCUUCGACCGCAUGCGCGCCAAUGCCAGGGCAGCCGCGGAUGAUGCGUGGUGA